AUGUACUCGACUUUUCGCAGAUUACUCAUCUUCUCCCUCUUCUUCCUCACUGUAUCAGCCGCCGCAUCAUCGCCCGAGGGACCGCCCUUCAAAUGUCCCACAUACAUUGACACCGUCGUACCCUCAGGCCAGACCGAUUGGUACGGUGAACGCGAGCCUGGCGACCCCUUCCUCGACUCCAUGAGCGAAGUCCACAACGCCCUCGCCAAGUGCUCAAUAAUCAAGAGUCUGAAACUCCGCGUCACGAGUCUGGGAUGUUCUGAGCAUCCUGACCGAUACAAUUUCCCACUCAAGCACCCUUCGGGCUCACGCUACCCUUCGACACUCGAGUCUCUGGAUUUGGAAGGAUAUGCUUUCAAUGACAGGCCAUGGGAGGAGGUACGAACUCUACACAGAUGGGGCAGUACGUUCGAUAGGUAUGCGGACUGGGUCUAUGAAGGAAAGGCGUGGGCAUGGUUGAAGGGUCUUCCCAUGUCGGAAGCGCAAAAGAACAUGACGAACCUUGACCUUUGGCUUGAGGCAAUGGACUUCUCCCAAAUCAGGCAUCUCGCAAUCAGAGACGGUCAGACACCGAAUGUCACAACUCUCGUCCCGCGCCUCAAAUCUCUGAAUUCUUUCUCGACAUACGGCUACUGGGCCAAGGACUUCAUCGCUGCCCUCCCGGAAAACUCCCUCAAACAUCUCUCCUGGAGAAGCAGUGGCCAGACGGGAGCCUCCGUCGAACCAUUCCUCCGCCACCAUGCAGAGUCUCUGACAAGCCUCGACUGGCACGAGCCCGAGAGCACAUAUCGACAGCGGAAUGUGAUGAGUCCCGGCCAACUGACUGCCCUGGGCGCCAUGCUUCCCAACCUCAAAUCCCUCACCAUCGACAUCAACCAGAAUGGGACAUGGCCCGUGGACCACCUCGAAGCCAUUGCCACCAAAUUUCCCAACCUCGAAAACGCGACGAUCUUCUUCGAGAUGGCUAGCGAGUGCCGUCGGCAACUGGAUAUCGAAAAGAUGGGGCUGAGAAGGCUGCAUGAGAUGAUGCUGAUGGAGGACCAGUCCGACUGCAGCAAGGGCACGAAGUCCAAUGCGGAGCCUUCGCUGGGGAUCUACAGCGCCGGCUGGCCGUUCGAGUUCUUGGUGAAAAAGAACGGCGGCGGGAAGUUGAAGAGGGUGAAUUUCUACGCCGGAAGCUGGGAGAGGGGCUGGGAUGGAGCCAUGCUUAUCGGCGAGGAUUGGUUGGAUGAUCGCCGGGCCUUUGUCGCCUGCGAGGUAAUCGAAGGCGACGGCAGUGUUGUUCAGGACGUCGGCGGUGGGCUCAAAGUUGAGAAGGAGGAUCGAUUGCUGGUUUGCCAGAAUAAUUGGACGAAGAGGUACAAGGUCAUGUCUGAGGUGAAGAAACGGAGGACCACGUGGGAAACUGAGCGAUACACGGAGGAGAACCAAGACAUCAUGGAGAGAGCCUGA